AAAACAAUCUUAUCCUCGUCUCCAUCCAAAACUCAGAUAUCUCCAUUCUCACUUCUCACAACUCCCACAUUUCCACCACCACCGUCCUCCGCCACCACCACCGCCACCAAUGGUGGAAUGACCACCAACUACCACCACUUCCCCACCAUGAAACUAACCGAAAUCCCAUUCCGCAACACAAAAUUCACAUUCCCAUUCCACUCGAACACCCACUUACUCUUCUUCUCAUCAUCUUCUUCUAUCCUAAAACCCUCUUUUAUCAAACCCUUUUCUUCAAUUCACUCAACAAUUGAUAAUAAUUUCACCACCAAUACAACCACCACUAAUAACCCUUCUUCUUCAUCUGCCCCUUGGCUCAACAAUUGGUCCACCCCAUCACCCCAAAACCCUAAUAUUAAACCUGAAUUGGGCAAAAGGUCUAAACUUUCUUCUUCUUUUGAACCUCCUGCUGCUAGUGAUGGUGCUGGUCCAACCAGGCAACACGAGUGAGGCGUCGGGAAGUCAAGCCGGUGCGGACGCUCGCCAAAAGGGAAAGCUCUAAGUAAGAAGAUGUCGGGAGGUGCUAGUGACAAUGUUCUAUCCCUCACUACCGACGAGUUGAAAGAGAAGAUUGCCGAGGAAGUUGGUAGGGCCAUCGAAGUUAGUCUACCAAGAUUUGUGGAAAGAAUGCAAAACACCUUACUUUCGACUAUGGAAGAAAGAAUUGGUGAACUAAGAGAAGACCUUACCAGUGAUAGGGGCAAGGCUAAGGAAAAGAAAGGUUGUUCUUACAACAAGUUUAUGGCGUGCAAGCCCCCGGUUUUCAAUGGAGAGGUAGAUCCAAUUGCUUGUCAAAGGUGGAUAAGCGAUAUUGAAGGUGUUUUCGAACGUACGCAUUGUGAUGAAAGUGACUUCGUGGCGUAUGGAACUGGCCAACUUAGAGGCCAAGCCAAGGAUUGGUGGGACAACCUCAGAAACGAAAGGGGUGUUGAAACAAUAAGGGCGAUGACUUGGGAAGCUUUCAAAGUACCAUUCCUCAAACAUCACAGCCCCAAGGCGGUGAUAAAUAAGAUAAAGGAAGAAUUCAUGCAAUUGAGGCAAAAGGGUGAAACCGUUGAUAAGAUUACGGGAAUGUUCAUGGAUAAGCUCAAGUUUUGUGAUGACCUGGUCAAAACUGAAGAACAGAAAAUUUAUUAUUAUCACACCAUGCUUAGGGCUGAAUAUAGGGAGUUCAUGACUCCCUCACAUUAUGAAAGCCUUACCGAUAUAAUCAAUGCGGCGCGGGAACGCGAGAUUGAACUGAAAAGGCAAGUUGAAAGAGGCGAAAGGAGGGCCUUGGAUGAAAACCCGAGUCCCACAAAGAAGCUGAAGGUAGCUGAAUCUUCGAAGAAAGGAAGUGCAAAAGGAGGAUCUCCGAGUUGCAAAACAUGUGGACGCACUCAUAAAGGUGAAUGCUAUUUCAAGAACAAACCUUGCGUGGCAUGUGGCAAGAUAGGGCAUGGGGUUGCAAAUUGCCCCCACAAAGUAACGGUGUGCUAUAAAUGUUACCAACCGGGUCAUAAAAAGUCAGAAUGUCCGGAAUUGGUGGGAAAGAAAGAGAGUACCGACUCUAGGGAUGAGACCCCAAAAGCUAAGGCAAGGUCGUUCCAAAUCACUGCUGCUGAAGCAAAAAUGGAACCUGACGUGGUUACAGUGGUCGUUGGAAUGGAUUGGCUAUCCCGCUACAAUGCUAAGGUGAUAUGCUUACGUAAGGAGAUACACCUAACGUCUCCGAGCGGAAGGCGUGUCAUCAUCUAUGGGGAGAAGGCUUGUAAUCCCAUGAUAUGCUCGAUGAUAGAAGCCCGCAAGUUUAUACUACACGGGUGUAAGGCAUAUCUAACCUAUAUACGUGCCGUCGAAAAAGAAACGCCAAGAAUUGAAGACGUACCUGUGGUGCGUGAAUUUAAAGAUGUCUUUCCCGAAGAUCUUCCGGGAAUGCCACCCGAGCGCGAAAUAGAGUUCGGGAUUGAACUGACCCCGGGUGCUAAACCGGUUGCUAAGGCACCGUAUAGAUUGGCACCUUCAGAACUGCAGGAGUUAAUGUCUCAGUUGCAAGAUUUACUAGAGAAGGGAUUCAUCCGGCCUAGCGUGUCUCCUUGGGGAGCUCCCACGACAUCCUCGUUUAUUCAAGAAACGAGGCGGAGCACGCUAACCAUUUACGAGAAGUAUUGGAGGUAUUAA